GCGAGACGGCGGAGAACUUUACGGCUGCGCUCGAUUUAGAUAAACAUCGGAUUAUUUGAUGCUCUUCUAUCCUGGCCUGAUUCAAAUUGAUCGUUUCUGUCAAAGAAAAUGAAGCUGAUCUGCUGCUGCGGGGUUUUGCUCCUCCUCAUCCUCGCUCCCAGCUCCUGCAAAGGAGGAAACAUCUUGGUCCUCCCUAUCGAGGGCAGCCACUGGAUAAACAUGGAGUUUUUAAUAAAGUCUCUGCACUCCAGAGGACACAACCUGACUGUUAUGCGCCCCAGCAACAGCUGGUACAUCAGGGAAAACUCAUCCUAUUACAGCACCUUCACAGUUCCUGUUAAGAGGAGCUUUUAUCAGGAGUUCAUCACCAAAAUCAUAUUUGACAUCAUCCAGUUUGAGCGGGGAGCUUUACCUCUGACCAGCUUCUUUGGUGCUUCGUUUGGCAUGUUCAGCACAGCCCUGGAGAUUCACAGGGCUGUGAGUGAAUUUGUUUCAGCCAUGCUGGACGAUGCAGAGUUGAUCAGAACCCUGAACAACACCAAGUAUGAUGUGGUUCUAACUGACCCAUGCUGGGGUAGUGGAGCCAUUUUGGCCAAAUAUUUAAACCUCCCUUUAGUCUUUAAUGUUCGCUGGAUAAUAUCUGAAGAAGGUCAUUUUGGCAUUGCUCCUUCUCCAUUAUCAUAUGUUCCCAUCACAGGAUCUGGCAACACUGAUAAGAUGACCUUCUUUCAGAGAGUUAAAAACAACCUUUUAUAUUCUAUCGUCCGAAUGAACGAUCUGUCGAUCACUAAGCGAGUAUACCAGCCCCUUUGUGAGAAAUAUCUAGGACCCGAUUGUGAUUUUGAUAUUUUGAAGAUAAAUGCUGAUAUUUGGCUGAUGAGAACCGAUUUUGUGUUCGAUUACCCUCGUCCCACAAUGCCCAAUGUUGUGUACAUAGGAGGGUUCCAGUGCAAACCUGCAGAGUCCCUCCCCGUCUCUAUGGAGGAGUUUGUGCAGAGUUCUGGAGAUCAUGGAGUCAUAAUCAUGUCUUUAGGGACUUUCGUGCCUGAGCUUCCAGAAGAUCUGGCAAAUGAGAUUGCUGCAGCUUUUUCUAAGCUCCCACAGAAAGUCAUCUGGAGCUAUAAAGGCAACAAACCGUCCACUCUGGGUAACAACACUUUAGUUGUCGACUGGAUGCUGCAAAAAGACCUCUUAGGACAUCCUAAAGUAAAGCUUUUUGUGGCUCACGGAGGAACAAACGGACUCCUAGAAGCCAUUUAUCAUGGUGUCCCAGUUGUGGGGUUACCCUUGUUUUUUGAUCAAUAUGACAAUCUGCUCCGCCUGGAAGUAAAAGGAGCGGCUAAAAUUCUUACGCUGAGUACAGUAGAUAAAGAUGACAACUUCCUGAAAGCGAUACAGGAAGUCCUGAAUGAACCUUCCUACAGGCUGAACAUGCAGAGACUCUCCAGGCUGCACAGAGAUCAGCCGAUGAAGCCCAUUGAAACCGCCAUCUUCUGGAUGGAGUUUGUAAUGAGACACAAAGGUGCUGCUCACCUGAAAGCUCAAUCCUACAGAAUGCCCUGGUAUAUCUACCACUCUGUAGACGUAGUCCUCUUCCUGUCAGCAGCAGUGCUGCUCAUGCUCACAGCUACCGUCAUGUUUAUCAGGUGUUUAUGGAAAGCUGUCUGUAGACGUAAAGUUAAAGCUGACUAAGUAUUUACUCUAUGUAGAGGUAGCGUUCCAAUAACUAUUUUUUUAUAUAUUUUUUUACACUUUACAAGCAUUAUUUCAUGCUUAUACUCAUAAACUCUACUGCAACCUGGUUUUGGUCAUAUAUUGGUAAAUAAGAAAAUGUAUCUUUUUUUAAGUUGCUUAUUGUAAUCUAAAAUGCCACACACUGAAUCUGUAUUUAUUUCAUGGAAGUUAUUAAUUAUUUUGUCCAAUAAACAUGUUUAGCUAUUUA